UCCACAUAAUACAAAUUUCAUUUUGGUACAAAAACUAUUUUCAUCUCUGAAUUACAAACCUCAAGGUUUCUAAUUAGGGUUUAAGAAAGCUAGGGUUUAAGAAGUGUUCUUUCAAUUUGGGUACCUCAUUUCGCAAGGGUUUAACAUUCUCUCUCCUAACAUUCUCAAGCUGCAAAAUGUGGGCUCUUCGUCGGGUUUCUGCAAAUUCUAUCAAGGCUCAAGGAUUAAAUGUAGCAGCAUUUCGAGCUUGUGCUGGACUUGGACCGUUCAAAAGUCCCAGAGAAGACAAGUCAAGUAAUGAGCAUCGUGGCUUCACGCUUGAUAGGUGGAUAACAUCUAAUGCUUGCCAGUGUUCUGUACAUUUUCCUAAUCAAUCAGUUGGGAUUAGAAAUCUUUCUUCUCAAGCUGGUGCUAAGAGUGGUGGGGAGGAAGAGGAUGAUUUGGAAGAGGGAUUUUCCGAGCUUGAAACACCUGAAGCCCCUGAGACUGCUGUGGGCGGUGUUGAAGAUAGUGACAGUUCAUCUGAUUCAUCUGAUUCUGAAUCUGAUUUGUCUGGUGUUGAUGAGAAUUCUGAAGAGACCUUGGAAACUGAGCUGCUGAAAGAUGCAGGAGAGGCAGUAUCAAAGAAGAAGUUGGGGGGGUUGUCACCUUUGUUGAAUCUGAUAUUGAAGGAGUCUGGUCCAUCUGUUUCAGAUGCUCUUGAUAAAUAUGCUGCUGAGGAAAAGGAAUUAAGCCGUUCUGAAGUUUAUCAUGCUACUCUGAAUCUAAGGCGGCGCAAGAUGUUUGUGAGGGCCUUGCAGCUGUCAGAGUGGCUAGAGAAAAGAGAGGAUUUUGAAUACACUGAGCGGGAUUAUGCAUCUAGGGUUGAUCUGAUUGCCAAAGUGCGUGGUCUUCAAAAGGCAGAGAAGUAUAUAGACAGCAUACCCAAAUCCCACAGACAGGAGGUGGUCUAUAGAACUUUGCUUGCCAACUGUGUGUCCCAAACCACUUUGGGUAAAUCUGAAGAGAUAUUUAAUAAAAUGAAGGACCUAGGAUUUCCAAUUUCAGCCUUUACUUGCAACCAGUUGCUUGUUCUUUACAAGAGAAUUGACAAGAAAAAGAUUGCAGAUGUACUUCAAAUGAUGGAGAAGAAUGAUAUUAAGCCCACUCUUUUUACUUACCAACUGUUGAUAGACACAAAAGGCCAAGCAAAUGACAUAAUUGGUAUGGAACAAAUUAUUGAGACAAUGCAGGCUGAAGGCAUGAAACCCAACGCCCGUGUCCAAGCCACAAUUGCUCGUCAUUAUGUGUAUGGUGGACUCAAAGAAAAGGCGGUGGCGGUUCUGAAGGAGAUGGAAGGAGAUGACUUAGAGUCUAAUCGCGGGGUCUGCCCCACGUUGCUUAUUACUUAUGCAAAUUUAGGCAGUGCUGAUGAUGUUGAAAGGGUCUGGAAAUUUUGCGAGUCAAAGCCUCGACAAGGAGAAUACUUGGCUGCUAUUGAAGCUUGGGGUAAGCUGAAGAAUGUUGAAAAAGCAGAAGCUGUGUAUAAAAACAUGACCAAAUCAAUCAAGAAGCUUUCUACUAGGCAUUAUUCUACCAUGCUAAAAGUUUAUGCAGAAAACAAGAUGCUGGGUAAGGGAAAGCAGCUACUAAAAGAGAUGGGAGACGAUGGUUGCCGCAUUGGACCCAUUGCUUGGGAUGCUCUUGUGAAGCUUUAUGUGGAUGCCGGAGAAGUGGAGAAAGCGGACUCCGUAUUGCAGAAAGCAACCUCGCAGAAUCAACAAGGAAGACCGUUGUUUAGCUCUUACAUGUCUAUCUUAGAUCAGUAUGCUAAAAGGGGUGAUGUCCAUAACGCUGAAAAGAUUUUCCUCAGGAUGAAACAAGCUGGCUAUGUGUCCCGUGCAAGGCCAUUCAGUGCACUACUCCAAGCUUACAUAAACGCCAAAGUUCCAGCAUAUGGGUUUAGGGAGAGGAUGAAGGCAGAGAAUAUAUUUCCCAAUAAAGGACUAGCUGGACAAUUAUCCCAGGUUGAUGCAUUUAGAAAGACUGCUGCGUCUGAUUUGCUCGAUUGAAUAGGCUUUUCAGCAUGUAGAAAGUGUAUUCUUGCAGGUGAAACUGAUUAGACAAAACUUUGCUUUCAUUGGAUGCCUUCAGUUGGUAACUCUACUUCCAUCUUUAGUAUCUAAGUCUGCUAUUUCUGUUUGAAUAUUUUGCCUAGGUUUUUGAGCAUUGUAGAAAUAUGCUUUUGCUGGUUCAAUAGCAAAUCUCGAUGUUUGUUUUUCUUUCAUUUCCUCCCUUGUCGAUUUCGAGAAAUACGAGGAGAUCUCCUUCUAUUGGAGCCAAUGUUAAUAGGAGUAUACUUCUUAUGAUUUCAUGUGACGAUAACAUAGAGUAUUUUACAGUGACAUCAUUUUACAGGCUUCUCUUGUUUAUAGUAGAGCUGUGCUUGUGUUA